ACCCCUCGUUCUCUCGUCUCUUCUCCCACUAAACCCUUCUUUAAAUUCCUUAAUUUCCGAGAGAUUUUUGAAGAGACGAUGGUGGUGGCCGAGAGUGGCGGCGAUACGGUGGUGGUGAUAAGAGAGUACAACCCAAAAACAGACAUUGAGAGAGUAGAACAGGUGGAGAGAAGCUGUGAAGUAGGCCCAAGUGGUGAAUUCUCACUCCACGCCGACCUCUUAGGUGACCCUGUUUGCAGAGUUCGCAACUCUCCUGCGUAUCUCAUGCUGGUGGCGGAGAUGGUGGUGAACGGCGGUGGAGAUGAGACGAGAGAGGUGGUGGGGAUGAUUAGGGGCUGCAUCAAAACCGUUACAUGCGGUAGAAAAGUAUGCCGGAAAGCUAAUUAUCCGCCGGAACUUCGCCCUGUCUUUACUAAACUUGCCUAUAUCAUAGGCCUACGAGUCUCUCCAUCUCACCGGAGAAUGAAAAUUGGAUUAAAGCUCGUUUCUCAAAUGGAAUAUUGGUUUAGAGACAACGGCGCGGAAUAUUCAUACAUCGCAACCGACGCCACCAACAAACCUUCCGUUAACCUCUUCACCGGAAAAUGCGGAUACUCAAAAUUCCGCAACCCUUCAGUCCUCGUCCACCCAGUAUUUGCCCAUCGCCUCCGAGUCAACCACCGAGUCAAAAUCAUUAAACUCUCACCAUCCGACGCUGAAACCAUUUACCGCCACCGAUUCUCCACCACCGAGUUCUUCCCACGAGACAUCGACUCAGUACUCAGAAACAACCUAAACCUUGGCACGUUCCUCGCUGUUCCAAAAGAUUGUCCGCAUUCAAUAUCAUGGGCCGGGUCGGAUCGGUUUCUUUCUAACCCGCCUGAGUCAUGGGCUAUCAUGAGCGUCUGGAAUUGUAACGACGUGUUUAAGUUGGAAGUUAAAGGGGCGUCGAGGUUAAGGAAAGGGCUCGUUAAUACAACCCGGGUCUUGGAUCGGAUCUUUCCUUUUUUGAAUUUACCUUCUUUACCCAAGAUUUUUAACCCGUUUGGGCUCCAUUUGCUAUACGGGUUUGGUGGGGAAGGUCCGUUUUAUCUAGAUUUUGCAAAGGCCUUGUUUGGUUUUGCUCAUAAUUUAGCGAAGGAGCACAAGUGUGGGGUUGUGGCGACUGAGGUAUCGAGUGAGGAUCCACUCAAGUUGGUGAUUCCACAUUGGAAAGUGUUAUCUUUUGUGGAUUUAUGGUGUAUCAAGAGGCUUGAUGAAGAUUAUAGUGAUGGUUUUGUGGGGGAUUGGAGAAAAUCACAACCUGGUUUAUCUUUUUUUCUCGAUCCUAGAGAGUUUUGAAAGGUCUUGAUGUUGAAAGUUGUUGAUGUAUAUUUGAGAAAUCAUUAGAGAAUACAAAAAUGUUUAAAGUGUGGACUUUGAAGUAAAGUCUAAUAAUCGCUUGUUUAGUUUUUAGUAUUUGUAACGAGUGGAUGGGGGAAACUGGAAAGGAAGGAAAUGUGUUUUGGAAGGGGGUAUAUAUUCUAAAGUGGGACCUAUAUGGUAUUUU